AUGUCGACUACUGAGACCAUGAAUAUGGAGGAGACGACACCUAUCAUCCCCAAGACUUGUAAAGCUGGUGUCGUCGUCAACUCUGGUCCUGACUUUACUUAUCUUAGGNUCGAGGUUCAAGAUGUACCUGUGCCUGAAAUUGGUCCUGAAGACGUUCUCAUCAAGCUGAAUGUCACUGGUCUAUGCAUGUCAGAUGUGCACUUUAUGAUGGAAGACUGGGGCCUGCCACCAAUGUCUCAAUUCGGCACCAAGUGCGCUGGCCAUGAAGGCGCAGGCGUCAUUGUCAAAAUCGGAGAAAGAGUCAAGAACCUCAAGGUUGGUCAAAGAGCUGGACUUAAGCCUAUUCAAGACGUCUGCCAUACAUGCGAGUACUGCAAGUCUGGAAAGGAAACUUAUUGUCUAAGUUGUGUAAUGACUGGUCUGCACAUCGAUGGUGAGUUUGCCUUCAUUUGCUAUGCUUUCAUGCUUUCACUGAUGUAUCCUCAGNGCUCUUACAAGCAAUACAUUGUUUCUCCUGAGCGCUAUACUUCGCUCAUUCCUGACGGCGUACCCGAUGAAAUCGCUGGGCCCAUCAUGUGCUCUGGAAGUACUGCGUACACGUCUAUCAAGGAGUCUGGUCUUCGUCCUGGUCAGUGGGCUGUCUUCCCCGGUGGCGGAGGCGGUGUAGGUAUGCAGGCUGUUCAGCUGGCUAUCGCCAUGGGUCUGCGAGCCAUCGUCGUCGACACUGGAGCCGAGAGAAAAGAAGCAUGCCUGAAGUUUGGUGCAGAUGAAUUCAUUGACUUCAAGGAAGUUGAGAAUCCCGUCGAUAAAGUUUUGGAGGUUACUGGCGGUGGCGCUCAUGCUGUUUUUGUGACUGCUGUUCAGUCCUACCCUAUUGCACAAGGCUUCCUCGGAAACAGGGCCGGUGCGCAAGUCAUGUGCAUAGGACUACCUCCUGCUGGCAAGUACAACAUGGAGGUUAAUCCCUCAACACUCGCCUUCCGCAAUCAAUCCAUCAAGGGCACGCUCGUCGCCGGCAUGGCUGAUGUGGACGAGACUAUGGACUUUGCUCGUCGAGUCGCUGGUCGCAUUGUCGUUGACUUCAACAUGGAUUAA